UCAGAAGGGAGAGAGCAUAAGCAAAGCCGUGUAUCGAACUCUCCCACAUUACACGUCACCGUCUACUCUUUUUUCCGCCGCCAAAAAAAGAUGGUAAGGUGUUUGUGCCUCUCAGGAGGAUCUUCGGAACGCAACAAGAUUCACGAGAUAAACGACUACGGACAAGAAAACGCCGUCUUGUAUUCCGAAGACGACGUCGUUCUGGGGACGAGUCUCGAAGGCUUUGGCUCCGUCUGUUCUUUGCCUGGAACCAAAGGCUUCAACCAAGAUUCCGCAAUCCUCCACUUGGGGUACGGGGGAGGAGGAGGAGGGGCAUUGUGCGGGGUGUUCGACGGGCACGGAGACAACGGACACUGCGUGAGCAAGAUCGCGAGGAACCAACUGCCCGCCGUCCUGCUGGGAAAUAUGAACACUUGGCCGACCAGACAGUGGAAACGCAUCUGCCACGAUACGUUUUCCGCCGUCGACAAGAAGAUCCUUAAUCUCAAGAAGACCCUCGACUGUUCCUGCAGUGGAACCACCGCUGUUCUUGCUGUCACCCGGGGAGAAGAACUGAUGGUAGCCAACUUGGGAGACUCAAGGGCCGUGCUUAUAAGAGCGAACGAGAAAGGAGAAGCAAAGGCUCUCCAAUUGACCAAUGAUCUCAAGCCAAGUGUCCCAAGUGAAGCAGAGAGAAUAAGGAAACGCAACGGUAGGGUUCUAGCUCUUGAAGCAGAGCCUCACAUUCAAAGGGUUUGGCUACCUUUCCAAGAUUAUCCGGGGCUCGCCAUGUCUCGAGCCUUGGGCGAUUUCGUCCUAAAAAACUACGGUGUUAUCGAAUUUCCCGACGUUUCUACUCAUCGUAUUACUCAUCACGACCGAUUCUUGGUCCUUGCAUCCGAUGGGGUGUGGGAUGUGCUUAGCAACGAGGAAGUGGCAAAGGUAGUGAUGGGAAAAGAGAGAGACGACGGAGCGGCAGCCAAUGCGGGGGCCGAGGCGGCGGCCGAAGCAUGGAGACUGAAGUUUCCGGCGGCCAAAGUUGAUGACAUAUCCGUUGUGUGUCUCUCUUUGAACAAGAGGCUUUGAUCAUCAGCAACACUAAGAAAGAACACGGACAACAAAUAUAUAUACACAUAUAGCGUAUAUACGAUUUUACUUAAAAAAAAAAUCAUACAUUGUCUCUCACGAUAUAAAGAGUGAUUUUUGCUUCUUUUAAAUAAUUCGUUUGUAUUUGCAAGUGAUGCUUGUAUAAUUUUCUAUCAUGUUAUUUUUUAUAAUACGCAGCUCUAGGUUUGCCAACUGCGAAAUCUCUCGAGAGUUUAACAAGAUUCUAUGCACAUUUAUUCUUAAAUGAAAUUAGUAUUCCCUUAUUUGUAAAAUCGUAUUUACGGAGGUGUAGUGUGUAU